GGUGCUCUCCUUCAAGACAAAGGAACAAUAAUGAUCCUAAUGCGAAUAAUUUUACCGUUUGUAGCCAUCGGUAUCGGUUCAGGAUUGCCAGCUAAGAGUCAUCGCGGAUCUCAUGGUCGUCCUAUACCGCCUGAGCCACGAUUCAAUGGAGUUUUCGACAAUGACUACAAUCAUGAACAAAUUGCCAAUGAUGUAAAAUCUUGGAGUCCGAAUGAUCCACAAAAUGUUUGGGAGCUGAGUGGCUUACACGAGGGUGACAUAAUGCUCCAUCCGGAUAGUCCACCGGGGAAAAAUGGCGUCCUAGAUGCUACAGCACGAUGGCCCGGCGGUGUUGUGCCCUUUUUUAUACAAGAAAAUGAUUUUGAUCGAGAUCAAAUCGAACUGAUCAAAGGAGCUAUGCAGGAAUAUCAUGAGAAAACUUGCUUGCGUUUUCGACCUUACAAAGAUACCGACGAGGAUUAUGUGACGAUGCAAGCGAAAAAUUCGGGAUGUUGGUCCUUGGUAGGUCGUCACGGUCAGGGGCAGGUGUUGAAUCUACAAAAUCCGGGAUGCGUUCAUCACGGUGUUGUCGUGCACGAGCUCAUGCACGCCUUAGGCUUUUACCAUCAGCAGAGUGCCGCGGACCGAGACGAGUGGGUCACCAUACAUUGGGAGAACAUCAAAUUGGGUAAAGAGCAUAAUUUCAAAAAGUAUGACAAUCGUACUGUCACCGAUUACGGUAUAAGCUAUGAUUACAAAAGUGUCAUGCACUAUAGUUCCCAUGCAUUUUCCAAGAAUGGAGAACCUACUAUUACGCCCAAGAAAGAGAAGGUAAAACUUGGUCAGCGAGACGGACUCAGCGAAAAGGAUGUAGCUAAAGUCCAAGCAAUGUAUAAAGAGCAAUGUGGCGAUCGUAAACCGGAAAAAAGUGAUUCUUCUGAAGAGAUUUCUAUAGAGUGGCUAUUCAACUAAAAGUUUAUGUUUUAUAGAACAAAUUGU